AUGGCAAACAUUUCUUGGGAGAAGGUUUUGUACGAAUUUCCAGCAAAUCUCAGAAUCCUCGCCAUCGACACCGAUCCUACUGUUCUUGAACUCAUCAAGAAGAUAUGUAAUGAGUUAGGCUAUGAAGUGAUCACAUGCACGGAAUCGCUACGUGCUAGUGAUAUUUUGCGGGAAAGAAAAGUGGGUAUUGAUUUGGUGAUGAUGGAGGUUCAUAUGCCAAAGAUGAAUGGCUUCGAAUUCCUAUUUGCCAACCAGGAAAUUGACGUUCCUGUCAUCAUGAUGUCUUUGGAUGAUAACAAGAAAUCUGUGAUGAAGAGUAUAAAACUUGGAGGGUGUGAUUACUGGAUUAAGCCUUUGCAUGAGGAUCGAGUGAAGAACAUGUGGACACAUGUUGUUAGGAAAAGGAUGCGAAAUCAUGUUGGUAAUGUUGAAGCUUCAAGUGAAGUUGAUAAUGUUGGUGAAUCAUCACCUUCUUCCAGAAAGAAACCUCGUAUGGUAUGGACAUCAGAACUGCAUGGUGAAUUUGUGAAAGCUGUCAAUCAAAUUGGACUUGCUAAGGCUGUGCCAAACAAAAUUUCUGAGCUCAUGAAUGUGCCUGGUUUGACAAGAAGCCAUGUCGCUAGUCACUUACAGAAAUACAGAAAUACUCUGAAGACAAAACCACUGCAGAAGCAUGUUCAUGCAGAAGAAACUUCGAUUAUGGCACUUGAUCAGCAUUUUCCACAGUCUUCGGAGACUAUGCUUAACAGUGUGUCAGUGGAUACAAUAUUGCAGCAACAAGAAAUGCAGCAGUGGAUGGAUUCUUUCUUUUUAUGA